CGCCCCUUCAAGGUUGCGCCGCCUUUUAUGACUCUGUAUUUUUCUCUUUUUUACUGCAAGCCAAAGCUGAAUGUAUUAACGUCACAUGUUGUUUUUCCUCUCUAGCUCAGUCAGAGUGUGAGUGGUGUUAUUUUCUGCUGAACUAUUGCAGAAAGCAGACCGGAAUACCGGUGUCGGGCAAUGGAAUAAUUACAGCUGAUUUACGUUAGCUUUUGUUGUGCUGAGGAAAAUUGCACAAAAUAACUUCUCCAAAAGUGAAGCGCGCGUGUUACAAUGGCGAGUCCUCCACCGAAUGGAGGACACUUGUUGUCUAAUGUGACCAGCAACGGUAAUAACGUUAAGAAAUGUGGAUAUCUAAAGAAACAGAAGCAUGGACACAGACGUUUUUUCGUGUUGAGAGAACCCAGAGAAGGAUUCCCUGCACGGUUGGAAUACUACGAGAGCGAGAAGAAGUGGAAAAACAAGUCGACAGCUAAAAGGGUGAUACUGUUGGACUCCUGUCUUUGCAUAAACAAGCGAGCGGACGCUAAGCACAAACACCUCAUCGCCCUUUACACCAAGGACGAAUACUUCGCAGUUGCGGCGGAAAACGAGCAGGAGCAGGAAAGCUGGUUUCGAGUGUUGUCGGAUUUGAUCACCGAGGGGAAAGUCUAUGAUAGUCCCGCAUCUAAUUCCACUUCUUCUCUGGUCGGUUUCGAGGAGUCGAAUUACGGUAUCAUCACACCGGCCACCGCGGUUUACAAAGAGGUAUGGCAAGUUAAUCUAAAAUCUAGAGGACUGGGUCAAACCAAAAAUUUGACAGGGGUAUUUAGGCUGUGUUUAUCCAGUCGGACAAUCAGCUUUGUAAAAUUGAACUCAGAGGUAGCGUCUGUCAGUUUGCAACUCAUGAAUAUCCGGAGAUGUGGCCACUCCGACAGCUUUUUCUUCAUCGAGGUUGGUAGGUCGGCUGUCACUGGCCCGGGUGAGCUUUGGAUGCAAGCGGACGACUCUGUGGUUGCGCAAAACAUCCACGAGACCAUCCUUGAGGCAAUGAAAGCCAUGAAAGAGCUGUCGGAAUUCAGACCGCGCAGCAAGAGUCAGUCGGCAAGCACCAACCCUAUUUCCGUGCCAACGCGGCGCAAUUUGAACAAUCUACCCCCAAGUCAGACAGGAUUGGUGAGGAGAUCGAGAACAAACAGCGUAGUGACCACAUCCGCCACCAGCAAGUUCACUUCCUGUCGGAUAAGAACGGCCAGUGAGGGGGAUGGGAGCAUGGUCAGGCCUGUUUCUAUGUCCAUAUCUAUGAGCGGGAGCCCAACCAGUCCCCUCUCCAACCGACACCAUCUGACCCGGUCCAACACGGUCUCCAGUGGUCGCACAUGCAGGAUACUGGAUACCUCCUCUUGCCUUCAGCACAGCCUUUCUAUGCCUAUGUCCACCUCCCCUCCUUCAGUCUGCAGCCCUAUCAGCCUCUCCCCCAGGAUUGGGACUCUCCCCACCCCUGAUGCAGUCCAGCAUCCAUUCAGUUGCAGCGCCUCAAUCUCAGAUUCCCUCAGCGACGCCAGCUUCAUGUUGUGCGACGAGUACGGCUCCAGCCCGGGUGACACCUCCAGGUUCCUAACCCUCACCAGGAGCGAGACCCCCGACUCCACCUCCAGCACACCCCCCUCCCGGGAGGCCAGUGACCUGUGCGGCUACAUGAUGAUGGAUAGGACAAGUGUCCAGCGACGGACGUGCCAGGAUGAGGGCCUGGCAUCAGAGAAGGCAUUCAGGAAGAGGACCUACUCACUCACCACGCCACGCCAUCAGAGGGCUCCCGUCGACCAGCUGUCCUCGGCCUCGUUGGACGAGUACACCCUAAUGCGGGCGGCUCACCACACCAACAGUGGCCGCUGCUCUGAUCACAGCUCUGUUUCCGCCUCCCCCAAGGUGACCUACCCCAAAGAUUACGGUGAUGUCGAAAUCUGCUCCCUCAGGGGCUCCGAUGGUAACCUCGGUGACGAUGGCUAUAUGCCCAUGACUCCUGGGGUGGCAGCGCCACCAGGAGGCAGUGACGGCAAGGCAGACGCAUACAUGCCCAUGAGCCCCAUGUGUGUUUCGGCCCCCAAGCAGAUUAUCAACCCCCGGGCCCACGACCACCAAGUUGGGGGCACAUACCGAACCAACUCACCCAGCAGCGGAGGCUCUUUGGAGGACAGCGGCUACAUGAGGAUGUGGUAUGGCUCCAGGUCGUCCGUCGACAGCCCCGACAGCCGCUCGACCAACGGCGAGUACAUGAACAUGUCUCCCGGCAACGCCGCCUACACUACAUCGCAGACCCCCCCAGACUACUUCCUGGGCCCACUCCAGGGCAGCGAGCCUUCGGUGAGACAAGCCUACUCAGCACACUCCCUACCUCGUCCAACUAAGUCCCACCAGGUGUCAAAGGAGGCCGGGGACUCCGCCGGCGACCAGUAUGUUCUGAUGAGCCCCCAAAGCCACCGGCAACUGGGCAGGGAGUCAGAAGACUACUACUCGGUUAUGAACCACACGCAGGCCGCCCCCCUCAACCUUUCCUCUCUGCCUUCGCCGGUCAGACAGAGCCGUGGUUCGGAGAGCUUGACGUCCCACCGUGGGAGGCUGGGCCGACCCAACCGACUGUCUCUGGAUGCCUUCAGAACCCUGCCCAGCAUGAACGAGCACCCCCUGCCUGGUGAGCCCAGGAGCCCGGGCGAGUACAUUAACAUCGACUUUGGUGAGGGCACCAAGUACUCCCCGCCGUCGGGAGCCAAUGGGAGCCAGGCGUCGUCUCUGGGCUCCAGUGGUGGCCAGCGGAGGUCCCCUCUCUCGGACUACGCAAACCUACACCGGGUCGCCUCGCCCAAAGCAGGAGACACACCCACCGGACUGUCAGAAAUGCUCUCAGAGUCAUCUCUGUGCCCCCGUUUGGAUGGGAAGGAAGGGCACCACCUCCGGUCACCUAGGGACUCCAAGCGUCCCCUAAGUGACUCAAGCAAAGAUGAAUACACAGAAAUGACUUUUGGACUUGGAACGGUCAACACACCUCCCCGGAUCAUGCCGGAGACCUCAACAAGCGACAUCAGCGCUGGUGCCAGAGAGCAGAUGAUAUCCCUGGGUGAGCAGGGUGUCCCGGCUGGCAUGGGUGUGUUCCUCCUCUGUUCUUCCUCCCCCGGGGACCCUGACGGGGCCGCAAAGGUGAUCCGGGCCGACCCCCAGGGCCGCCGGCGCCACAGCUCUGAAACCUUUUCCUCCACAGCUACCGUCACCCCUGUGUUGCCGUCAUUUGCCCGCGGGGAUGCCAAGCGCCACAGUUCAGUGAAGAACCUGUCGGUGCGGAGCUGCGAGGGCUCAGAUGAGGAGUGCGGCAGUCCAAUGAGUAGAGAGACAUCAAUGGGCUUUCAGAAUGGACUGAACUACAUUGCCCUGAACCUGAUUGAGAAUCGGGAAAGGGAUCUGGAGGGACCUUGUUGCGAAGACCUGACCACGGUCAGCUUUAAGCCAGCAAGCAGCUGUAAGGGAGGCCUGCAUGGAUUACACACUUCGCCGUAUGUCUGCUUAGGGUUCAAAGAGGCAGCCACCACCGUCAAAGACUGACCAAGACAGUGGACAAUCCAAGUCCUUUUCUCAGAGAGGGGACAACCUGCUGCUUCAAAUCAAGUCUGAACUAUGACCCUUGACCCUGUUGGCCAGCCGUGAAGUGAACCUCCCCCACACCCCAACUCCUCCACUGUGACACCCAUUUCUUCAUUCAUGGAUGGGUAGCCUACCACCUCUGCUCUCCCAGAGACCCCUCUGUUAAAAAAGGAACUGGGGCCAGAGACUCCUGUGUAGGGGGUGGGGGCACUGUAUGUGUCUAGAGGCUAUGUGUAUCGCUCUGUUUAUUUUAUUUUUUCCCCUCAGUUUUUGCUCGUAGACUGCGAGUAGCCACACUGUUGACCCAUAUAAUAGAACAUGUGAAGUCAAUGCUUAUAGUAAAUGUGUACUUCCCACCUCAUGGACUGAUUAACCAACACAUGGUACAAAGAUAUUAUUUGGUUUCUUACAUGAGUAUGGAUGGGUCAAAUAGUGUGCUUUUAUGUGUAAAAUGAGCAACUCAUCAUUUCAGUUAUACAUUAAUAAACCAUUUGAAAUGAUCGAAUCCCCUACCUCAGAAAGAGCCAGGACGCAUAAUUAAGUAAUAUAUGAUUAUAUUUAGAUUUUAUUUAUUUUGGAAGCUGGAUGUUUCAUAAAGACCAAGCCAAAGCCUUACUGUUUCAACUGUGAUUGUAUUUUCUAUGGAAGAUGUUGAUUUGGACCUGUAACUCAUGGAAAGUCAAAGGCACAAUUUUCCCUUGAAAGCAUGUUGUCAAACAUUGUACAUAUAUACAUAUUACUUUAGGGAAAAAUGUUGGAUUCAUUCUACUGAUAUUAAAAUAUUUUCUUAUUUCUAAUUUAUUUCACUUUUAGUAUGCUAACUUGAUCAUGCUAUAUGAUAUUGUGAGGAUAAUAAUGAUACAAUUUAAGAGAAUUUAUUACUUGUAAAUAAAAUAUACAUAUGCAAGUUCCAGUUACAAGGUGAGCAACGCACAUUUAAGUAUACAAGUAGGAGGGACAUAAAGAUGUUGGUGUGCACCUAUUAUAGAUGUGGAAUUUAACUUCCAAGUAGUAAUCGGCAGAACCUCAAAUUACACAGGUAUUUGCAGUAUAUGCACUAGAUUCCACAGAACCCUUAGCUGUAACCUGAUUACAUAGAACCUUUUACAUAGUUACGGGGCUCAAACCACACAAUUAUUGGUUCAUGGGGAGGUUUGCAUGAAGAUUGCCACCAUCACUGCUGCUGUACCUAGUGCCAGGGUCCUGCUCAUUAGGCGUCAAACAGAACAAAGUGGAUCAAAACACAGGACUCCAAUUCGAAAUGCUCCUUUUUGUUUGUAAAAUGUUUUGAGCCAUAAUGAACACUACCCAGUUCUCGCAUUUAUUUUUUUCUCAUAACCUGUCAGAUUGUAACACUAGAGACACAUCUGAAUGUAGUAGUGCACUCGGUGUAGUUGAAAACAAAAAUAGAAAUAUGUUUGUGGGGGUGAGGAAGACUUUAUCAAACUGUAUUCAUCAAUAUAAAUAUACAGUACUGCAGAGAGAAUUUUCUCAGCAAAGCCUGUUUGUGUAAACUAUCUAGAUAAGAAUUUAACUGAAAUAGGCUGUUUACUUAAUGUUGCGAAUACAUUUUUAAAUAAUCAAUAAAUAAAUAGGUUUUCAGUACUAUUUGGAAUUGGAUUGAAUCUUUCAGACACUUGUAAAUAUCUCAAACAUUUUAAAAAUAUAAUACUUUCAGUAUAUUUUAGUUAUUGUUGCCUUGUUGAUAAUACUUUUCCCAUAUGGCAUAUGCAAUAGUGAAAUACAAUGAUAUAGUUUACAAAAUGAAACCAAAUGUACCCAUCGUGUUGAUUGCUAUAUUUGUUAAAAAAUCUUUUUUUUAAUGGAAACUAUUUUGCUCUUUGUAUAUUUCUUUCUGCCAACUUUAGAUUUUUUUGUCACUGGAAAGUUAUAGUAUAUAAAUAUAUAUUCAACAGUUCUUCACUUUUUGUGUAUAUCUAUGGUUUCAUACUCAAGAAGAUUCAAAUGUGAACCUUGCUGAGAGGGCACAUAUUGAAAAUGGUUGUCUUUCAUUGUACAUACUACCUAGAAACUUUGUGAUGCUUUAAAGAAAGGAUUAUUUAAUUCUAAGUAGAUAUUUUUGUCUGUAUUGAUUAUAGAUGGCAACAUGCAAUAAUAAAUUACUUUAUUUAAGGAGA